AUGGCCGCGAAGUCGGACGGGCGGCGGAAGAUGAAGAAGGGCGGCGAGGUGGCGUUCACGCCGCUGCAGAACUCUGAACACUCGGGCUCCGUGCAAGCGCUGGCCCCGGGGCUGCCCGCGGGCGCCGGGCCGGGCGGCGGCAGCGACGACGACGAGGCGCCCGGGGGCGGGUGCUGCAGCGGCGGCGGGGACGGCUCGGGCGGCGGCUCCCGCUGCUGUUGCUGCUGCUGCUGCGGCGGCGGUAGAGGAGGAGAAGGAGGGGGCGGCGGCGGGGGCUCGCGGGGCUCGGGCGGGGGCUCGUCCUCGCUUUGCCUGCGGCUGGGCAGGGAGCAGCGGCGCUACUCGCUGUGGGACUGCCUCUGGAUCCUGGCCGCGCUGGCCGUGUACUUCGCAGACGUGGGCACCGACAUCUGGCUGGCGGUCGACUACUACCUGCGAGGCCAGCGCUGGUGGUUCGGGCUCACCCUCUUCUUCGUGCUGCUGGGCUCCCUCUCCGUGCAGGUGUUCAGCUUCCGCUGGUUCGCGCACGACUUCGGCGCGGAAGACGGCACGGCCGCCGCCGCCGCCUCCGGGCAGUGCCCCGCUGCCGAGAGCAAACUGCUGGUGAGCAGCAGCUCGGCAGCCGCGGACAUCGACUCCGCUCGGCCCUGCACGCCGCAGCGGCAGGCUUCCACUGCCAGCAAGGGCAACGCCAACAGCAGCAGCAGCGGCAGCAGCGGCCCCGCUGGAGGCGGCCCCUCCAGCGGCAGCCGCACCGGCAGCGGCAGGUCGGCGUCGUGCGCCUUCUGCAUCUGGCUCCUGCAGUCCCUCGUCCACAUCCUGCAGCUGGGGCAGGUUUGGAGGUAUUUCCACACUAUAUACUUGGGUAUCCGGAGUCGACAGAGUGGAGAGAAUGACAGAUGGCGGUUUUAUUGGAAAAUGGUGUAUGAGUAUGCAGAUGUGAGUAUGCUGCAUUUGCUAGCCACGUUUCUGGAAAGUGCACCACAGCUGGUCCUGCAGCUCUGUAUUGUUGUACAGACUCGUACACUCCAGGCUCUCCAAGGUCUUACUGCUGCAGCAUCUCUCGUAUCUCUAGCUUGGGCUCUGGCUUCCUACCAGAAGGCCCUCCGUGACUCCCGUGAUGACAAGAAACCCAUCAGUUAUAUGGCUGUUAUAAUCCAAUUUUGCUGGCAUUUCUUCACCAUUGCAGCAAGGGUCAUUACUUUUGCUCUCUUUGCCUCGGUUUUCCAGCUGUACUUUGGGAUCUUCAUCGUGCUCCACUGGUGCAUCAUGACCUUCUGGAUCGUCCACUGCGAGACAGAGUUUUGCAUCACCAAAUGGGAGGAGAUAGUUUUUGACAUGGUUGUUGGAAUUAUCUAUAUCUUCAGCUGGUUUAACGUCAAGGAAGGAAGGACACGCUGUAGGCUUUUCAUUUACUAUUUUGUGAUCCUUUUGGAAAACACCGCCUUGAGUGCUCUCUGGUAUCUCUACAAGGCCCCACCAAUCUCCGAUGCAUUUGCCAUACCAGCACUGUGUGUGGUGUUCAGCAGCUUUCUGACAGGCAUUGUUUUUAUGCUGAUGUACUAUGCCUUCUUUCAUCCCAACGGACCAAGGUUUGGGCAGUCGCCAAGCUGUGCUUGUGAGGACCCUGCAGCUGCCUUUACCCUACCCACGGAAGUGGCAACAAACACCCUUCGGUCCAUCUCCAACAACCGGAGUGUGACGAGUGAGCGGGAUCAAAAAUUCGCAGAGAGGGAUGGGUGUGUGCCUGUGUUCCAGGUGAGGCCCACUGCUCCAUCCACACCUUCAUCCCGCCCACCCCGGAUCGAGGAGUCGGUCAUUAAGAUCGAUCUGUUCAGGAACAGGUACCCAGCCUGGGAGAGACAUGUGUUGGACAGGAGCCUGAGGAAGGCAAUCCUAGCAUUUGAAUGUUCCCCUGCUCCUCCACGGCUACAGUACAAAGAUGAUGCCCUCAUCCAGGAGCGUUUGGAAUACGAAACCACAUUAUAG